AUGGGAAACCAAGCCUCCAAAGAGGGGGGGAGCGGCAAGGGCUCAGGCGCAUCCUCCGGAGACCGCGCCGAAAACUUGCAAUCGUAUCCCUCAUUUGGAAAAUCGGAGACCAAGGAUUCUACCCGUUCAUUUAAAAACCUCCGAUCGAAAAUUCCUGGUGGUGGGAAGACAGAUAGUCCACGAAGCUCGGCGAUUAUGUCCAACGGAGAUUCUGUCGGGGACAAAUCGGAUGCGGCCUCUGUAAAAUCUGCGCGGAGUAGUAAAUCGAGGACUGGCCGUGCUGACUCAGUCACUUCCCCAUCAUCCCCGCGAUCACCGGACGCAAGCAACUCUCACUUAGGUGAUAACCAACCACCUCCUUCUCCUGUUCAAUCUGCCUCCAUUAGAGCUGGUCAUGGCGACAUACAUGCUGCCCAAGCUUGUGGCGAGGUGGACCACGUAUCCGAUCAACCACCUACCGGGGUCGUGAAUCCAAACCCGCAUAUACAGCAGCAGCCCGGAGCACCCAUUUUGGUGAAGAAGGAGAAUACUAUUAACCCUAUCAUAUCUAUGCCGGGAACACCCUCGAAGGAUGAUUCCCCUACCGGAGUUGCUAUGAGUGACAUCAAGGAUAUCGACCUUGAUGAUUUCAUUAAGCGGCUCCUAGACGCCGCGUACGCCGGGAAAGUAACGAAGAGCGUAUGUCUUAAGAAUGCCGAGAUUGUCGCCAUCUGCCAGAGGGCACGAGAAUGCUUUUUAUCCCAGCCCGCGCUGCUGGAGCUUGAUGCGCCGGUCAAGAUUGUUGGUGACGUUCACGGCCAGUAUACCGACUUAAUUCGAAUGUUCGAGAUGUGCGGGUUUCCGCCGAGUGCGAACUAUCUUUUCCUCGGAGACUACGUUGACAGGGGCAAGCAGUCCUUGGAGACGAUCUUGCUUUUACUGUGCUACAAGCUGAAGUAUCCUGAGAAUUUCUUCCUCCUUAGGGGGAACCAUGAAUGUGCCAACGUUACAAGGGUCUAUGGCUUUUACGACGAAUGCAAACGAAGGUGCAACGUUAAGAUUUGGAAGACGUUCAUUGACUGCUUUAACACGCUUCCGAUCGCCGCCAUCGUCGCAGGAAAGAUAUUCUGUGUUCACGGUGGGCUGUCUCCGGCCCUAAGCCAUAUGGACGAUAUCCGUAAUAUUGCUCGUCCAACCGAUGUCCCUGAUUACGGUCUGCUUAACGAUUUACUAUGGUCCGAUCCCGCCGACAUGGAAGCAGACUGGGAGGCCAAUGAGAGAGGUGUCAGCUACUGUUUUGGUAAGAGGGUUAUCACCGACUUUCUAGCAGCCCACGACUUCGAUCUCGUCUGCCGAGCGCACAUGGUCGUCGAAGACGGCUACGAAUUUUUUAAUGACAGAGUUUUAGUCACUGUCUUUAGCGCACCAAACUACUGCGGCGAAUUCGAUAACUGGGGAGCUGUCAUGUCUGUGUCUUCGGAGCUCUUAUGUAGCUUCGAACUACUGAAGCCACUCGAUUCCUCUGCGCUCAAGAGCCAUAUUAAGAAAGGCCGAAACAAGCGCAACAACAUGCUGAACAGCCCGCCGGCUAGCGUAUAUCCCCAGAGCGUAUAA